AUGGUCGGUGCACUUAACAAGCUCCCGCUGGCGCUCAGUGGAAUUUUAUUCUUUGGAAAUCCAGUGACUGUAUACAAUUCGCUGGGAAUUGCGGUGGGCUUUGUUGCUGGUCUUGUGUAUGCCGUCGGAAAGAAUAAACAAGCUGAGGCCACACGCCUGGCUAACUCGGCUGCUACAGGGGUUUCGGCACCCCGUUCAGGCGGGGGUCAUAUCUCCAAUCCUAAGGGGGAGAUUCCGACGCACAACCGUGACCGGCAAGAAUAG